AUGAGUCAAGAAAAGCUGCAUAUCAACACAGUCGUUGUCGGACACGUAGAUUCCGGAAAGUCGACCCCCACUGGUAAAGUCGAUAAGAGUUCUUUCAAGUACGCUUGGGUUCUCGAAAAGCUGAAGGCUGAGCGUGAGCGCGGUAUUACCAUUGAUUUCGCCCUCUCGAAAUUCGAGACACCCAAGUACAACGUCACUGUCACCGAUGUCCCAGGUCACAGAAAUUACGUCAAGAACAUGAUUACUGUUACUUCUCAAGCUGACUGUGGUCUCCUUGUCAUUGGCGCUAGUCCUGGUGAAUUUGAGGCUGGCGUUUCUCUCGGUGUCAAGCAACUCGUUGUUGCCGUUGACAAGAUGGACACCUGUAAUUAUUCACAGGCACGUUAUUCUGAAAUUGUCGGUGCCACCUCCAACAUCAUGAAGAAGAUCGGUUACAACCUUUCUAUUGUUCCACUUUUUCCAAUUUGA